CCCGCGUUUAUUUAACUGUAAAUUACCGCGGGAAAAUGACAGAGCCCGAGGCAGCGGGCGCCAUGGACUCGAUGAUCGUGACGACCGCAGACUUCAACGAGGACAAGUACAAACUGCUGCAGCUAAACCCCGAGAUCGAAAAGGCCAUCACCACCGGCAGCAAGGUCUUCAUCGUUGGCGCACCGGAUGCACGAGCAGUUCUGUGCACGGAGGACAAGUCGUACUACAUUAAGAAGGAGGAUACAUCGAAUUUGCGUCUCCUCACUACCCAUACGGACUGGAGCAAACCAAAAGAGACCUCGGACAAGAGAACUAUUCAAGUGUCAGGAGCCGCUCGCUUCCACUACCUGCUUGAACACAAGGUUCCUGAUCCUACGAAGCUUAGAGCUUUACUGCUAGAAGCUCCGUACGAGAAACCUAAGCGGGAUGCAGCUCAAGCCAAGCGUGCGAAGCUUAGCAAGUUAUACUCAAUGAGUGACUUGGUUGAUGCCUUGCAAGUUAGUGAGCAUGAGGUUUCUGCCAUGCUGCAAGAGAUUCAUGCCUUUGAAGAGGCCGGUACAUGGCGCUUAUUGAAACCCACCUAUCAGUCUCAGAUUUUUACGGACAUGUUGGAUACCAUCGUGCAGCAUGACUGGGACGUACUGGCGGAGCCUGGUGUUCCUGUCAAGGAGUUUUUGAAUGAACUCGAAGAGCCUCUAGUGGCGAUCCGCCAGUGCUGCAAGCUGUAUGGCUCCUUGAAGGCAGUCAACGACGAGGAUCACUGCACACUGGACCCUGUGAAGGUUGCCACGUUCCGAGCCAAGUCGUUGUUUGACGAACAGGCAGCAGAGGCGCAGUUCCAAGCCCAACAAGAGCAUGUGGCUUUAAAUCCUGCCGAUGCUGGGUGGGAGCUGGACCAGUUCAUGGAGAAGUGGAAGCUCCGCGUCCCUGACAGUGUGACCGUCAACUUAGAGAUGCUCAGUGGACUCGUGCUGGUUAAACCUCAGAAGGCAGGCAAGCCCACACGCAUCGUGUACUUCCCCGAGGAUUUACUGUCCCCCGAGCCGAAGAAGCGCUUUGAGCAGCUCUUCACGAUGCAGGAGAAGUGGACUAUUAAGCAGCUGGAGCCCUAUAUCAAGUACGUGUCUGUAUUGGUAAGUCUUGAACUGCUAGAGUACUCACUUCACGCACAUGUUGCUAUUGUAGGUCGUUGGUUACUCGUGGCACGACACAAGCGUCGCUGCUGCUCAAGCACACGCGCUCUUCGCGUCAAGGUAACUCGAGCGAGAAGCUGUACAGUCGACGGUGAUCUAAAGGAAAAUACUUGCACAUUACAACUACUAGUGUGCAUCAUAUAGUUGAAAUGACUCUGUUGCGUGUGGAUGUUAAUCCUCCGGUGUUGGAGAGCAGCAGUGAGCAGACUGCACUCCAUCACAACGAAGGAUUGAGCUUUCAAUUUUGGCUCGUGCAUGAAGGACAUUGCGACAAGAUGGAAGCCCGCUGGGCUGCCAGUCACCGACCCAAACCGAGGCAGAGCCGAGAUAAACGUUGGAUAUAAGCUGCUAGAAGACCUGCAUCAUUGAGACAACAACGAUGACUAUUUGGUACUGAACAAAAGGAACUGUCGUGGCCACAGAUUCUAAGAGCCC